AAUUAAUCUUAAAACUGAAAUCAGGGAGCUCGUUAGGUUUUUUUCCCAUUCUAUUAAUCUAUUCAAAUUUGUUAUCUUUUGUUGUUUGUAUAAAUAUCAUCGUUGCAUUUGUAACUCGCUACUGGAUACGGCUGUCUGCAUCACCGACUCACCGAGUCCCUGUCGACGAACAAAACCCGGGAUAUAAACCGCAGUUGUCAGCGAUUACCUCACUACAAUACUACCUGAAAAGAUCUUCAUCUUCUUCAUUUCUCCCAAUCCGCACACACGAAUUGUUGAUUCGAUUGACAAAUCUAAGAACCGAUCAUGGGGCACGGUGAUAAAAGUGGGAGACCUAGCAAGAAGCACAAGUCAUCAACCAAGGAGGACUAUAAAGCUGCAGCUUUUGAAGAGGAGGAUGCAUAUUAUGUUGAAGAAUUUGGUGACGAUGAUCGUGAUGGUGAUGGAGAAGGAAAAAAGAGAGAUUUUACCAAAUUGGAACUUAAAGCAGAUCAUGUCAAUCGGCCAUUAUGGGCUUGUGCAGAUGGCCGGAUCUUUCUUGAAACCUUCUCUCCAUUGUAUAAACAAGCUUAUGAUUUUCUAAUUGCAAUUGCAGAACCUGUCUGCAGGCCAGAGUCGAUGCAUGAGUACAACCUGACACCCCACUCGCUCUAUGCAGCUGUGUCAGUGGGUCUAGAAACUGAAACCAUCAUAUCUGUUUUGAACAAGCUUUCAAAGACCAAGCUUCCUAAAGAGAUGAUCGAUUUCAUUCAUGCUUCAACAUCCAAUUAUGGAAAAGUAAAGCUUGUACUGAAAAAGAAUCGUUACCUGGUUGAAUCUCCUUUCCCAGAGGUAUUAAAGAGAUUGUUAAGUGAUGAAGUCAUAUCUCGAGCGAGGAUUUCAAACGAGGGAGACGAUGGCUUUGCUGUUAGUAGAUCAGUAGGUGAAAUUGAUGGUAGACAUGAGGAACUGCUAACAGAAGCACAGUUGGCAGCUGCAGCUGAAGAAAAAGAAGCUCAUUCAUUUGAAAUUGACCCCGGUCAGGUUGAAAAUGUAAAGCAGAGGUGUUUGCCAAAUGCUUUAAACUAUCCCAUGUUGGAGGAGUAUGAUUUUCGCAAUGAUACUAUAAAUCCGGAUCUUGAGAUGGAAUUAAAGCCUCAAGCACAACCACGACCUUAUCAAGAGAAGAGUCUCAGUAAGAUGUUUGGAAAUGGAAGAGCAAGGUCUGGGAUCAUUGUGUUACCUUGUGGUGCUGGAAAGUCUUUAGUUGGUGUUUCUGCAGCCUGCAGGAUUAAAAAGAGCUGUCUCUGUUUAGCAACAAAUGCUGUUUCUGUUGACCAAUGGGCUUUCCAAUUCAAGUUGUGGUCAAACAUUCGUGAUGAUCAUAUAUGUAGGUUUACAUCUGAUAGUAAAGAAAGGUUUCGUGGAAAUGCUGGAGUUGUUGUCACUACAUAUAACAUGGUUGCUUUUGGUGGUAAAAGAUCCGAAGAGUCUGAAAAAAUCAUUGAAGAAAUAAGAAAUAGAGAAUGGGGUUUGCUACUCAUGGACGAGGUGCAUGUGGUGCCUGCACAUAUGUUUCGUAAAGUUAUUAGCAUCACUAAAUCUCACUGCAAGCUUGGGCUUACUGCUACACUUGUUAGAGAGGAUGAAAGAAUUACGGAUUUGAAUUUUCUUAUUGGUCCGAAAUUAUACGAGGCAAAUUGGUUGGAUUUGGUUAAAGGAGGAUUCAUUGCAAAUGUACAAUGUGCUGAAGUGUGGUGUCCAAUGACAAAAGAGUUUUUUGCUGAGUAUCUGAAGAAGGAAAAUUCCAAGAAGAAACAGGCAUUAUAUGUGAUGAACCCUAACAAGUUUAGGGCUUGUGAGUUUCUUAUUCGGUUCCAUGAAGAGCAACGUGGGGAUAAGAUUAUUGUUUUUGCUGACAAUCUUUUUGCACUCACGGAAUAUGCAAUGAAGCUCCAUAAACCAAUGAUUUAUGUUAAUAUUUUGAUGUGCAGCCAUAUUGAAAGGACAAAGAUACUGGAGGCCUUCAAAACCAGCAAGACUGUCAACACUGUAUUCCUGUCAAAGGUGGGAGAUAAUUCAAUAGAUAUUCCGGAAGCUAAUGUAAUAAUUCAAAUUUCAUCACAUGCUGGUUCCAGACGUCAAGAAGCCCAACGUCUUGGCCGUAUUCUCAGGGCUAAGGGUCGUCUGCAGGAUAGAAUGGCAGGUGGAAAAGAGGAAUAUAAUGCCUUCUUCUACUCCCUAGUAUCUACAGAUACACAGGAAAUGUACUACUCAACUAAGAGGCAGCAGUUUUUGAUCGAUCAAGGGUAUAGUUUUAAGGUGAUAACAAGUCUGCCUCCACCAGACACUGGGGCAGAGUUGAGCUAUCAUCGUCUGGAAGACCAACUUUCUCUUCUUUCAAAUGUGUUAAAUGCUGGGGAUGAUAAACUAGGGUUGGAAAUACUUGAAGAUGAUACAGAUGACAUUGCACUACAGAAGGCUCGUGCACGCCGUAUGAUGGGGUCCAUGAGUGCCAUGUCAGGAGCUAAAGGAAUGCUCUAUCAUGAGUUCAGGAGUGGACAAAAGGGAGGUUUUGGAAAGAGCAAGCCUAAGGAUCCAGCAAAGAGACAUACACUAUUUAAGAAACGUUUUGUAUAACUGCAGGCAGGCAGGCUUGUUUUAUUGUUUUGACUUUUGAGUGCAAAAAGCCCUACCUACCAAAUGAUUCCGUGGCCUACAAACAUGCCAUGGCGAGAUAAAUUGUAAUGCCCCAAACCAGAACUACGUGGGCAUAUACAUCUAUUCAACAAAACAAAAAACUUGUUUUUUUUUCUGUAAAGAAAUAUGGACGCAUGGAAGGAACUUUACACACACUAUACUUAUUAUAUUGGUUUUGUUUGUGUUGACAAUGGCAUAUUGGCAUGGUUCACUGCCAAUCCAUUUGAG